CGCAGCCGCCGCGGGAGGAGCGGAAGCCGCCGGCCUCGCCCGUCCCGAGCCGCGCCGUCCCGAGCGCUGAGCAGGGGCGACAGCCGCCCUCCGGCCCGACCCCGCCCGAGCGAGCCGCGCGCCCCCGCCCCAGCCCGAGCGCGCCCACCUGAGCCGGCGCCAUGGCGGAGCAGGAGAGCCUUGAGUUUGGCAAGGCGGACUUCGUGCUGAUGGACACCGUCUCCAUGCCCGAGUUCAUGGCCAACCUUAAGCUCAGAUUUGAGAAAGGACGUAUCUACACCUUCAUCGGAGAAGUGGUCGUUUCUGUGAACCCAUACAAGGUGCUGAACAUCUAUGGGAGGGACACGGUUGAGCAGUAUAAAGGCCGUGAGCUGUAUGAGAGACCUCCUCAUCUUUUUGCUAUUGCUGACGCUGCUUACAAGGCUAUGAAGAGGCGAUCAAAAGACACCUGCAUUAUGAUAUCAGGGGAAAGUGGAGCUGGUAAAACAGAAGCCAGUAAGUACAUCAUGCAGUAUAUCGCUGCCAUCACCAACCCCAGCCAGAGAGCAGAGGUAGAAAGAGUGAAGAAUAUGUUACUGAAGUCUAACUGUGUAUUGGAAGCUUUCGGAAAUGCCAAAACCAAUCGUAAUGACAAUUCGAGCAGGUUUGGGAAAUACAUGGAUAUCAACUUUGACUUCAAGGGAGACCCCAUUGGGGGACAUAUUAAUAACUACUUGCUGGAAAAGUCUCGUGUGAUUGUGCAACAGCCAGGAGAGCGAAGCUUCCAUUCUUUCUACCAGCUACUCCAGGGAGGUUCUGAGCAGCUGCUACACUCUCUACACCUGCAGAAAUCACUCUCGUCCUACAACUAUAUCCGUGUGGGGGCACAAUUGAAGUCUUCCAUCAAUGAUGCUGCAGAGUUCAAAGUCGUAGCUGAUGCCAUGAAAGUAAUUGGGUUCAAACCUGAGGAGAUUCAAACAGUGUAUAAAAUUUUGGCUGCUAUUCUUCAUUUGGGAAAUUUAAAAUUUAUAGUAGAUGGUGACACGCCACUGAUUGAGAAUGGCAAGGUUGUGUCUGUCAUAGCAGAAUUGCUCUCUACUAAGACAGACAUGGUGGAGAAAGCCCUUCUUUACCGGACGGUGGCCACAGGCCGCGACAUCAUCGACAAACAGCACACGGAACAGGAAGCUAGCUACGGCAGAGAUGCCUUUGCCAAGGCAAUAUAUGAGCGCCUUUUCUGUUGGAUUGUUACUCGCAUCAAUGACAUUAUUGAGGUCAAGAACUACGACACCACAAUCCAUGGGAAAAACACGGUUAUUGGUGUCUUGGAUAUCUAUGGCUUUGAAAUCUUUGACAACAACAGCUUUGAACAGUUCUGCAUUAACUACUGCAACGAGAAACUGCAGCAGCUAUUUAUCCAGCUGGUUCUGAAGCAGGAGCAAGAGGAAUACCAGCGGGAAGGCAUCCCUUGGAAACAUAUUGAUUACUUCAACAACCAGAUCAUUGUGGACCUUGUGGAGCAGCAGCACAAAGGCGUCAUUGCGAUCCUGGACGACGCAUGUAUGAACGUUGGCAAAGUCACGGAUGGAAUGUUCCUUGAGGCCCUUAACAGUAAACUGGGCAAACAUGGUCAUUUUUCCAGCCGAAAGACCUGUGCCUCAGACAAAGUCCUGGAGUUUGACCGGGACUUCCGAAUCCGGCAUUAUGCAGGUGACGUGGUCUAUUCUGUCAUUGGUUUUAUUGACAAAAAUAAAGAUACUUUAUUUCAAGAUUUCAAGCGUCUCAUGUAUAACAGUUCAAAUCCUGUGCUGAAGAAUAUGUGGCCUGAAGGCAAACUGAGCAUUACAGAGGUGACCAAGAGGCCUCUGACUGCUGCCACCUUGUUUAAGAAUUCUAUGAUUGCUCUCGUAGACAACCUUGCUUCAAAGGAACCCUACUAUGUACGUUGCAUCAAACCCAAUGACAAGAAGUCCCCACAGAUAUUUGAUGAUGAGCGCUGCCGCCAUCAGGUGGAGUACCUUGGACUACUGGAGAAUGUGAGAGUGCGCCGGGCAGGGUUUGCCUUCCGCCAGACCUAUGAGAAGUUUCUUCACAGGUACAAGAUGAUCUCUGAAUUCACCUGGCCUAAUCAUGACCUUCCUUCAGACAAAGAGGCUGUCAAGAAACUCAUAGAACGAUGUGGCUUUCAGGAUGACGUAGCUUAUGGGAAGACCAAAAUUUUCAUUCGAACACCCCGUACGUUGUUCACGCUGGAAGAACACCGUGCUCAGAUGCUUGUCAGGGUUGUCCUCUUUCUACAAAAGGUGUGGCGCGGCACCCUGGCCCGAAUGCGGUACAAGAGGACCAAGGCAGCUCUGACAAUAAUCAGGUACUACCGGCUCUAUAAAGUGAAGUCGUACAUCCACGAGGUAGCUAGACGCUUCCACGGUGUCAAGAACAUGAGCGACUACGGGAAACAUGUGAAGUGGCCAACCCCACCAAAAGUCCUGCGGCGUUUCGAGGAGGCCCUGCAGUCGAUUUUUAAUAGAUGGAGAGCAUCUCAACUCAUCAAGACCAUACCAGCAUCAGACCUUCCCCAGGUCAGGGCAAAGGUUGCAGCCAUGGAGAUGUUGAAAGGUCAAAGGGCAGAUCUUGGGCUCCAGAGGGCCUGGGAAGGCAACUAUCUUGCUUCGAAGCCAGAUACACCCCAGACCUCAGGCACUUUUGUCCCGGUUGCUAAUGAACUAAAACGCAAGGACAAAUACAUGAACAUUCUCUUUUCUUGUCAUGUCCGAAAGGUGAAUCGAUUUAGUAAGGUAGAAGACCGAGCAAUUUUUGUAACUGACCGUCACCUGUACAAAAUGGACCCCACUAAGCAGUACAAGGUGAUGAAGACUAUCCCUCUGUACAAUUUGACUGGUCUAAGUGUCUCCAAUGGAAAGGACCAACUUGUGGUGUUCCAUACAAAAGACAACAAAGACCUCAUUGUCUGCCUGUUUAGCAAGCAGCCAACCCAUGAAAGUCGAAUUGGAGAACUUGUUGGAGUCCUGGUGAAUCAUUUCAAGAGUGAGAAGCGCCACCUUCAAGUGAACGUCACCAACCCGGUGCAGUGCAGCCUGCAUGGGAAGAAAUGCACCGUCUCUGUGGAGACCCGGCUGAAUCAGCCGCAGCCUGACUUCACCAAGAACCGCUCAGGCUUCAUCCUCAGUGUGCCAGGAAACUGACUGCUGCACUUUGGAGGCCCGAGUCGGGCACGAGGCAGGCCGGGCCCUCAGCCUCUCCAUUCCCACACGUGUUCCACCCUGCUCAGCAUCCCAAGAGCCCAGCUAAUUGCUGUUUGCCCUCUAAUGCCACUAGAAAUCAGCUUUCAAGGGCCUCCACUGGGCAGGGCUCCUCUGCCUUCUCUAAGGCCCUGCACAUGAGGUGUCCUACCUGGCUUUCUGCCCCCGCCUCAGUUCUCUCAGCUAUCCAUACUCCCUGCUCAGGAAACCAAAGACCCUCUUCAGCCCCCACUUCAGCCAGACCACUUCUCACCUCACAAGCAACUGGACGGUACCUGUAGUUGGCAAAGGGCCAGUGGCCACUGUUGAUCCCAGCGAAGGGACGGGUGGCGCAGAACUAAGACACAGUUUCUCCAGCCAAAGACACAGUCUCCUACAUUUAGAGUCAGCCCCCAUGAGCAGAGGACUCCGCCCUGCUCUGUGCUCCCCACCUGAUGCCUCCCUUCCCCCACAGGAUUGCAGCCUUUGGGACCUAGCUCAGAGUCGCUCAGCACAAGCCAAAACCACCAGGUGAACAGGUUCAUCUGUGGAGCCCGUCCUUCAGCCAUGAUCAGCGAGGAUCCCUCCUUCCCACAGCCUGUCCCUGGGGGAUCUUUUGCCACCAAGGUUCCAGAACUGGACUCUCCGACCACUUCUCCCCUAGAGACACCCUGCUGCUAUUCCAAGGACCAGUGAGCUUACUCCACAGCCCACGUCCAUGGUCAUCUUAACCUUCUCUUUUGCAGAUUGCCAGGUUGCUAAUCGGAUGUCCCUCCUGCUGUGACCACACUGUCAGGACCCAGUAAGGAGGUGCAAGGAGAGGGCAGCGCUCGUCUCCAGCACUUCCCCUAACUCCUCUAGCUGCACCUCCUCCUCACUGGAGACCUGGGACUUGUGGGGAGCCGAAGCACACAGGGCCCAGCGGUGGGAAGUGAACAAAACUGCAGCAGAGAGCGUGGAGCCCUGGCACUGCAGGCCAGGCCAGGGUGCCCACUACACCACACACCUGCCCGCGGGAGCCCGGCCCCAGCGCCCUGCUGGGAAAGGUGCUGCCAGCUCGCCAGUGUCUGCACAGCAAAGAGCGUGCCUGCCCCAGAGGCCUUCCCGAGAGCCCUGCUCCCAUCCUCUGCUGCUGAGGAGAGGGAGGCCUGUGGGCAGCCCAGGUUUGCUAAGGGGAGGCCUAACGGGGAAGGCUUGUACCAGGCAAACAGCAGGAGCCUCCUGGCUUUCAGAGCCAGGCUCCGCCCCCCAGUCCUCACCCUGUCACCGUAGCCUACCAAGUGCCCGUGUGCCACCUCCUGUGCCUUGCCCAGGGCCUGAGGGAUCACCUGGCUGACCAAGCUCAUUCCAGCCCCUGCUCUCACAACCCCUCUGGCAGAGCUGUGGGGACCUCCACACUGCCGGCAGUUUGCAGCAGAGACUCCUGUUGCUGCGCUGUCCUCGGGAACCUUUCUCACCCUCCAAGCCUGGUCAGCUGCCCGCCCAGUGCGGAGGUGCCACCAGCCAGUGUUGCCAAUCGCUGGUGGGCACAGACAGAACCAUCUGACUGGAACUUCACCUUUUCCUUUCCACUUAUUGCCCCAGCGUGUUCCUUUACAUUAGACAUGCUCAAGUGUGUUCACACACACCAAGCAGGUCAUGCCAAAAGAGCAGCAGCUCAGAGGCUCUCUUCCCACCUUCUGACGUGGCCUGGGACCCCUGGCCCAGGCCAGAACCUUCCAUCGAGGACUGCCCUGUCCAAAAAGCACUUUCUCAUGACCUACAAGUCAGGCUGUGGCCACUGAAGGACCUGGAAUUUGGGGUGUGAAUGAUCACAGUAAGGGGAAGAGAGAGGACACAGUGAUUGUAUGCAUGGAGUGGGGUCUCUUGAUUUAAUGAAAUGCAGUUUAUGGUUUGGUGCAUAUAUUCCUAUUUUCCAUUAAAUUAACUUUAUUUCUAAAGCAUAUUUUGAUUUACCAUCAAGAGCAAUAAAGCAGUAAAUCUUA